AUGGUAAGUUCACAGGCAACCGUCCCACCUCGCACGACCGCAUCACAAGCUCCCCGAUCUCAAUCCCUGCGGUUCCCCAACCUCUGCCUCCUGUGUCACGACGGCGACAAAUCCUGGCCGCCGCCGAACCCUGCGGCGACGCAGGAGCUUCCCGAUUCCCUGACCUUCCCUUCUGCAGCUAUUCUCUCACGCGCACGCGACCCCGUGGACCGCGAUGGCAGCAUCGACGGGUUCGUCGGUGCUAGUGUAGGUGUAGAUGUUGUCGGGGCGGCUAUGCGGGGACAGCGCCGGCACCGUCGGAGGUGGAAGAUCGGAGCGCAGCCGCCGGCGCUCGCCGGACGCACAGUUCUGCACCGCGCCUGCCUCGGCCGAUCAACUUCUCCUGAAGGCUAGGACUCAGGCGAAUGGCCGUGUGCUGCUACUGCAGCGGUCUACUCUGCUGCUAUCCCGGAGUACACUACUGCUGAGGUCCUGGAGCUGGCUGGGAACGCCAGCAAGGAUCUGAAGGUGAAGCGUAUCACCCCUCGCCAGCUGGCCAUCCGUGGAGAUGAAGAGAUGGAUACCCUCAUCAAUGGUAUCAUUGCUGGUGGAGGUGUGAUCCCGCACAUCCACAGGUCCCUGAUCAAAGUAAUCCAUCCAGUUGUCUUGAAGUAACACAAUCUAGCAGAGGGGGUAUCUUUAGCUUAAACUGGACAUUUUCACACUCUUGUAGUAUUGUGUGAGAGAAGCUAUCUUCAUAUCGAUUAGCCUAUAGCUAUGCUUCCGGAUCGAAGUAAUCCGUCCUUGUAAUGCUUACCUGGCACUGCUUCAAUUAUUUGGAACAUUGUAUUCGUGUAUUCCUGUUCGUUUGUCACUUCGUGAUAGACCCUGAAUGCAAAACCUUUUUUA